UUCUUAAAUACUAUACUUGGAUCUACAUAGAUAAGGAUAGAGGGUCGAUUCGGUUCAGCUCUGGAUGGACUAGGGUUCGGCUAGUCGCGCAGCAUGCCUUCCGACCCCGUCCACGAUCUCCGUCGGCGCACUUCAUGCUUCCUCUCCCUGUGUCGUUUCGAAAACGUCAGCUAUCAAGAAAUGGCCUCCGACAUUCGAAAAGCACGAAGGAUGUGCUGCUGAUGCGUGCUCGGGUCACCAACCUUGGUCUUUUACUUUUGUCGGGUGCCACCGUCCUGUCCUUACUCUUCAACCUAAGCUACUACUUUUCUUCACCGCGAGGCCUUCUUCAUCAGCAGCUCCUACAUCAUCCGCCACCGUCUGAUAUAUUGUCGACCAUACAGCGACAUGACGCUCUCUCAGCAAUAGACCACCUCAUCAUGGUCCCGGGGCACGCGAUAUGGAAAGGCACCGACGUGAGGCGAAGAUUAGACGACGAGGAGUGGAUCUUGGAGCCAUAUCAGAGAGGAGGAGGGCGUGUCGCUGCAUUCUACCAGCAUAUAGCAGCUGGUGCUGAGCUCGCGCGGCAGGACGAGCGUGCAUUGAUCGUUUUCAGCGGUGGUCAGACACGACCAACGUCAACUAGCACGGAAGCCGAGUCGUAUAUGCGGCUCGCGCUUGCUGCUGAUCUCAUUCCGAGUUUAUCGGCGUCGGGCUUGCGGGCGCGUUCCGUGCCUCGAGCUACGACUGAAGAUCACGCGCUGGAUUCAUACCAAAACUUGUUGUACUCUAUAGCGCGCUUCCACGAAUACACCGGCCGCUACCCGUCUCAAAUAACCAUCGUAGGUUAUGAAUUCAAAAGGCGGCGUUUCACAGAGCUCCAUCGCGCAGCCAUUCGCUGGCCUCGUGAACGUUUCCAUUACAUAGGCAUAGACGCGGAAGGAGAGGAGAUAAUCAAGGCCCAAGAAGGCGAGAGACUCAAUGGAUACCUGCCGUACACCGUCGACACUUAUGGGUGCCACGACAUGCUUCUUUCGAAACGACGUUCGCGGAAUCCCUUCAUUCGCUUUCAUUCAUACCAUUCUUCAUCGCCGGAGCUCGCGCCUUUGUUCAGCUGGUGUCCUGGACCAUCGGAAGGCGGACAAACAGCUGUCUACGGCGGUCCUCUUCCUUGGCACGCACUACGAUGACCUCUGCGACGACUGUACAUAGGCAUAGCCAUAGAUGACGUGCCGACUCACCUUCGCUUCACAAAAUGGCUGUGACGAUCGCACUCAAAGCAGAGUCGAGGUAUGUCAAUGACUGUGCUCCAUAACUUUUGACCACGCGAUAUACCGCAUGCCCGAGGGAUCUCCGUCAGCUUACAAGUAACGUAGAACCCGGUCGGCGGUGAUCGACAUCUGGUCCCGUAGAACAUAU